GAUUGAACAAAAAACAACCAAGAACAAUUCCAAUAAUUUCUUGUUGGAAAAGGGAUAUGUCACUUGAAAGGAUAAAAACAGAAAAUGAUUUGAACUAUGGAUAUGGAAAAGUCCUUCCAAGAAUAGAAGAAAAGCCUGAAGACAAUCCUAAGGUCUUUAUGAAUGAAUUUGCAUCAAUGGUACAAGAAGUUGGUGCAUCUUUGGCAAGACUUUCUACCAAAUUGGUUAAGGCAAAAGAGCUCUUCCCUGGGAAUCAGUUGGUCAAGAAGGUAGAUGAAGUGUUGGGAAAGAUGGCAAGAGAACCAUCAAUUCUCAGCCAAGAUGAAAAAAUAUUUGGAUCAGAGAAUUUUUUGAAUGCCAUAGCUCAAAUUGAGAAGGAACUGAUGGAGGCAAGUGAAGCAGAAAAAAAGAAAAUAGGAAAUGAGAAGGAAUAUGAUAUAAGGAAGGCAUUCAGUUUGGGUUGCAACUUAACUCCCCCAACUCCAACAACUGAAGCACAGAUUAAUGUUGCAGCCACAACUUCAACAACAACUGAUGCAAAUGUUUCUUCUAAGCCAGAAGAGGGUAAAGCUUUAAUAUCUAUGUACAAUUAUGAAAAGUAUAAUGUUCAUUUAUAAAAUAAUAAGUUUG